AUGGGAUUGUUAUCAAUUAUCAGAAAGCAGAAGUUGAAGGAGAAAGAGAUAAGGGUGUUGAUGCUUGGCCUCGAUAAUUCGGGAAAAACAACAAUCGUGAAAUCGCUUCUUCACAAAGAUAUCAAGGCAAUUUCUCCGACAAUGGGAUUCAAUAUCGAUACAGUGAAUUAUGGUGGAUUUAACAUAAAUAUCUGGGAUAUCGGUGGACAGACAUCUCUUCGAACAUUUUGGUAUAACUACUUUGAAAAAACUGAUUUUCUUGUCUGGGUGAUUGAUGCUUCAAGCCUUCAUCGUUUGUCAGAAAACUUCACGGAGUUCGAAAAAGUCCUUCAAGAAGAUAGGAUUGCUGGAUGUGAACUACUUAUUUUAAUCAAUAAAAUUGACACGUACAAUGGAGAUCAAGAGAAACUCAAGAAACAUGUUGUCGAAACAUUACAGCUUGACAAGAUAAGGAAUCAUAAAUGGCAACUACUCUGUUGUAGUGCUUACUCUGGAGAGAACUUACAGGAUGCCCUGAAUUGGAUAGUAAGAAGUUAUGAAAAUAAGUACUACAUUCUUUGA